AUGCUAAAAUUAACAGUACUAUUGCUCUGCCUUGCUGCAGGUACUUCCUUGGCAAUGUCAUCCAAUAAUUUGCUACGAAAAACAGAGAUAAAUUUACUAAAAUUAAUGAUGGAGACACGUCUACAUCAACGCGCUCAUCCAGAACGCAGCUUGGAUUGCUUUGAUUACUACCUACAGCUGUUUGAGAGUAUAAGCAACGAGUAUAAGGUAAGCUAUGCAGCUUGCUUGGCAACCGCAGAAGAGGAUAGGAAAAUAGUUGACGCCUCAACUCAGCCCGAGCGAGAAUCGCUUGAGCAAUCGGCACGAUCGUCGUGCGUGGCUUUAAAAGAUUGCUCUGAACUCAGUGGGUCUAUCGAUUACUUUAGCUGUUUUGCAGUAAGCGGCAAGGAGAAUACUGCAAAUAUGUAUGAUAUUUCGGCCAACGCUUCAGAAAAAUUAGCCGACGUGCGCGAAAGUUAUCGUCUAAUUGAGAAUAGUGAACAUCGUUGUACAAAUGAUUCGGAACGCGCUUACGUUGAGCAGACCUAUCAGGCAAAUUUAGAUUUGCAAAGCUGUCUACGUGGUGAAACAUCAGUACCAACAACAACGCCAAAACCAUCAACUACGCCGGAUGAUCCAACCACCGUCGCUUCUCCAGGCACUACCACUGAAGAGCCUGAAGCAACGUCACCAUCUGAGGAAACAACCACCGAGGACCCCGAAAUAACGUCGCCAUCUGAGGAAACAACCACCGAAGGCCCUGAAACAACAUCGCCAUCUGAGGAACCAACCACCGAGGACCCUGAAACAACUACUUCCUCUCAAGAUAGCACCACCGAAGAGUCAGAUACCACAGCCGCUACUGGGGAAACAUGGACUGAAAGCAAUGAAACAACAAAAGAUUCUGAUUCCUCAGAGAGUAGUUCCAGUGAGUCCAAUAGCAGUGGCUCUGAAUCUAGUGAGGCGCCGGAGAAUAUGAUGCCUGAAGAAGAUUUGCGUGCAAUUCAGAUUAAACGUCUUGCCAAAAUAAGAGCAGCUUUAAGCAAAUACUGA